AUGUUGGCGACAGCAAAUAUCAGAUUACACAAGGUUGCAUCAAACUCAGCUACGGUUAUGGAAGCCAUACCACCUGAACACCGAGUCGACAACAUGCUAAACCUAGAUUUCCGUCGAGAUCCUUUACCCUCUCAAUUAUCUCUGGGUGUAAUGUGGAACUUACAAAGAGACAUUCUAACGUUUAGAAUCGACUUGCCUGAUAAACCGUUCACCCGUCGCGGAGUUCUGUCCGUCAUCAAUUCCAUUCACGAUCCUCUUGGUCUUGCGACCCCAGUCUCGUUAUCUGGAAGACUUCUAUUACGUCAAUUGACUACAACAGAAAAUGGCAACAAACCACUUGGCUGGGACGACCCGCUUCCUAUUCUCUUUCGAAGAAAAUGGCAAAAUUGGAAAGAUUCACUUAUCGAGCUUACCAAAGUUUUCAUACCAAGGUGCUUUCUUCCAGUGAACUCAAAACUCAUUAGAAGAGUUGAAAUCCACGCCUUUUCGAACGCCAGCGAUGGUGCAAUUGGGAUCGCAGUUUACCUAAAGUUGGUCAACCAAACAGGGAAAAUCAACGUUUCGUUGGUGUUCGCCCAAGCAAAAUUGGCUCCGAAGCAAGCUACAACAAUUCCAAGACUGGAACUGUGUGCCGCGGUUCUUGCAGUUAAAACAGUGAAAUGGAUUACACGUGAGCUCAAAAUGGACGUGAACAAAAUUGUUUUCUACACUGACUCAAGGAUAGUCCUUGGUUAUAUCCAAAACGAAAGAUGUCGGUUUUUCGUUUACGUAGCGAACAGAAUCCAGACAAUUCGACAUAUUUCAGAUCCUACUCAGUGGAAAUACGUGAACUCCACAGAAAAUCCAGCGGAUAUAGCAAUGCGAGGCAAACCUGCGAAAGACCUAAUGCAUUCAUUUUGGUUUACCGGUCCUGAAUUCCUAAAGAAUCCUGAUUCUACCGAUUCCUCUUCUGAGAUAAUCGAUGUCGAAGUUUUUGAGAUAGAUGAAAACGAUCCUGAAGUUCGCACCCAAAUCACCACUUAUGUUACCGGACAUUCUAAAGCUCAAGGAUUAGGAUCAAGCCGAUUUGAAAGGUUUUCCGAAUGGUCCUCACUACGUAGAGCAAUAUCCAAUUUGACCAUCAGAAUAACGUCACGGAAGACUGAAAAUCAUCAUCUACUUACUUUAAACGAAAAGUCUCAACCUUCCAAGCAAUCAACACCACGGAGACACCCGCGAUGUCCUACCGCUGCAGAACUGAAACAUACGGAGACCGUGAUGAUCUUAACUGCACAAAUGGAAGAAUAUUCAUCAGAAAUAACGGCACUUCAACGAAAUCCACCUUCAGGCAUUUCCCCAAAGUCUAGUUUAUACCAUCUGGACCCAUUUAUCGAUCAACAUGGGAUCCUUCGCGUCGGCGGACGAUUGGGACAAGCAGAACAAAUGUUCGAAGAAAAACAUCCUGCUAUUUUACCGAAGGGGAGUCAUCUGGCCAAGCUAGCAGUUUGCCAUUACCAUGGAAAAUUGUACCAUCAAGGAAGACAGAUAACACAUGGGGCUAUCAGACAAGCAGGGCUAUGGAUCGUUGGAGUUAAAAGGAUGAUUUCAAGAAUAAUUAAUCAAUGUGUAGUCUGCAGAAAGCUCAGAGGAAAACUGAUGACACAACAUAUGGCUGUCCUACCACCUGAUCGACUAAACACACCGCCACCAUUUACAAAUGUUGGUUUUGAUGUUUUCGGACCCUGGACCAUAC